AUGUCUGAAUUUCAAACUGCAUCACAGGCGAAACAAGCGCAAAAUACUGAAGGCAUUCCGCUGACAGAGCUCUCAAUAUUUCCGGCCACAAAAGCCCAGAUUUACGAAUCCCGUAAGAGGACAUUCACAAUGUGGGGGAGAGGGGUGACACUAGAAGAGUACCUAAAGCGAGAUGCGCGAUACGGUGGCCAUGAGGUUUCAGCUGACGGACGAUUGGUUACUUGGGUUUUAGCACGGAGGGAUGACCCCAAAGGGAUAGACUUUCUAUGCUCUUGCGAGACAUAUAAACGAGAGGGUUUUGUAGUAAACGCCAAUGCCACCACCGGAAACUCUGUAGUAGCCUACUCCGUUGCAGCACUCUUUACAUCUCCUAGGAACCGGAAGAAAGGGUACGCAACACAUCUAAUGCGUAUGCUACACUGGAUCUUGGCGCCCCCGGAUGAUCUUCCGCAGUUUCCAACUGAGGUUUGGGGAAACCAGCCUGAUAGAGGGAAAUGGAUUGAUUCUGAGCAGAUUAUAAAAGGUCAUGGCGGUGACGCAGUUUUUUCAACUCUUUACAGUGAUGUUGGACCCGAAAUCUACAGGGGGUGUGGGUUCCUACCUGGAGCAGAAGGGUGGGUAGUAACCGAUUUCCUUUCCAGUGGUUGGGAUGUGGAUUCCGUGGGUGUAUUUGGGGUAGACGACGAGGACGGCUGGGAAUGGCUUGAUAUAAAAGGGGUAUACGAUUAUUGGAAGGUAGAUGCUGAUCUCAUGAAGCGAGAGAUGGAGGAAUCAAAUCCGACAAAUGCAAUAUGCACAUUGCUGCCUGACAAAGGAGUUGCCGAAUUUCAGAUAAUCCGCCUGUCAUAUUUCUGGAACCCUCUAGGUAUAACGGACUGGGGCUUACGUCGGGGAAAAACAUUUGCCAGCUGGACAAUCGAUGUAAGGCCAGAUUCGUCAUAUGUCAUGCUCAUUACGAGGCUUAGGGCGGAGGUUGACGAGUUUGAAAACCUGGUUAAAAUGCUGGUCAAAUUUGGAAGGAGACACAAAAUCAGUCAUUUUGAAGUUUGGGGACUGAAAGAAGAGUUUCGAGAGCAAUUUGGGUUUGUUAAGACGUGGAACAAAGAUAUUCACCUACCGUCCAUCAAAUGCUACAAUUCGGAUGACUUGAAAUGGCUUUUCAAUGAAAGGUUUUGCUACUGCUAA